AUGCAACCUGAGGGCCGCCGAGAGGAAAAGAAGCAGGUCACCCGCGGAGUGGUGGAGGUGGAGAACGAGCCCGGAGAAGAGGCCGUGGAAGAGGAAACUCAGACUUUCAUCUGCUAUACCUGCAACCUGGCCACACGUCCCGUUUAUGUCCCCAGAAAGGCUGCUUUCUGGGGCUACCCAUACGAAAAUGAAUGUAUUGUGAAAGACAGAGCUAAUGCGGUGGAUUUGUGUCUCUUCCUCAGAUUCACAGAAUUCCUGGAGCCCUUUGAGAGAGUGAUCCAGCCAGAGGAGCUGUGGCUCUACAAAAAUCCCUUGGUGGAGUCGGACCACAUCCCCAAGAGGGUCAUGUUCGCGAUUUCAUUUCUCACUCCGUUGGCUGUGAUAUUUGUGGUGAAGAUCAUUCAGAGGACAGAUAAGACAGAAAUCAAGGAGGCGUGUCUAGCUGUCUCACUUGCUCUGGCUUUGAAUGGAGUCUUCACAAACACUAUCAAGUUGAUAGUUGGCAGGCCCAGGCCAGACUACUUCCAGCGCUGUUUCCCAGAUGGACAGGUGAAUAUUAAGAUGCUGUGCACCGGAGAACCAGACCUAGUGUCAGAGGGACGCAAGAGUUUCCCCAGCAGCCACUCCUCCUUUGCGUUCUCUGGCUUGGGCUUCACCUCCUUCUAUCUGGCUGGGAAGCUGCAGUGCUUCACAGACCGGGGCCGCGGAUGCAGCUGGCGUCUGUGUGCCAUGUUGCUGCCCCUCUACAGCGCUUUGAUGAUCGCCCUGUCCCGCACCUGCGACUACAAACACCACUGGCAAGAUGCCUUUGUUGGAGGGGUGAUCGGCCUGCUUUUUGCCUACAUCUGCUACCGACAGCACUACCCCCCGUUCCUGCACAUGGACUGCCACCUGCCUUAUGCCAGUCUGGCCAAAGCCUCCCACCUCAUCUCUGCACAGGGCGAUCCUCGGGUCCUGCCCACUGAGAACGCCACCAGCCUGCCUCUGAAGGGACUGACGGAGGGGCCUGUAUGA